AUGAACCUGCUGAUGCAAUGGAAACAGAAUUACGAUGAGAAUACCGAUUUCACUGAAAUGCACGAAACAACUAGCGAAACAACCGAAACCCACGAAGAAGAUUCAAUUCCAAUGGAUGAUUCAACCAUUGACACAACUGAAGUCAUUUCCGAAUUCGACUUGGUGCAAGGCUUUUUAGGCGCAUUCGUUGUUAAGUCAUUCACCAAAUACAAAGAUAUGCACGAAUUGAGCAGAAAUCACGCAAGAAGCAAAUGGCAUCAAACUUCAAUGAAAGCUGCUAUUGAAUUUACAACUGCCAAGCCAGUGGACCUACAGAUGGUAACAGGACGUCAGAAGUUAAUUGAAGAAAACAAGAAAAUAAUCCGUUCGAUCAUAUCAAACAUAAUUUUUUGUGGAACAACCGAUUCACCAUUAAGAGGAAAAGACGAAGAUUCCAGAAUAUUCAUGGAUCUCAUUCGCUUGAGAAUUGAGGCCGGAGAUGAAUCUCUUAAAAAACACUUUGAAAAAGGACCAAAAAAUGCGAAAUACACCUCACCAGAAAUUCAAAACGAGAUAAUUGCAUUAUGUGGCGAGGUAGUGAAAGAUAUGAUAAUUGCUGACGCUAAAAAGGCAUCAGCAUACAGCAUUUUGGCUGAUGAAACAGCAGAUAUAUCAGGAAAAGAGCAACUGUCAUUGGGUAUUCGAUUUUACGACAAAAGCCAAGCAAAACUACGAGAAGAAUUCAUGGGUUUCUCUGAACUAAAUGCGAUGGACGCUCCAACAAUUGCAGAUGAAAUUGAUCACGCAGUCGUGAGCUGUGAACUUGAACCGAACAAAUGCGUUGGGCAAGGGUACGAUGGCUGCAGUGCUAUGGCCGGAAAAGAAGGAGGCGUUCAAGCACAUAUCCGAAAAAAAUACAAAAAAGCAUUGUUUUUCCAUUGCGCAAGCCACACAUUGAACCUUGUUGUUAAUGAUUUGAACACGGUCCCGGAAGUACGAAACACUAUUGGCACCAUCAAAGACAUAAUAAGAUUUUUCCGAGAAUCAGUGCUACGGCGAAAGUGUGCUCCGAACAUACCCGCCCUUUGUGAAACUCGUUGGUCUCAAAAACAUAAGAGCAUUGCUGUUUUUAAAGAAAAUUUCGUUGAGAUCGUGAACGCAUUACUGACUUUAUCCACCGAAGGCAAUGCAAAAACUCGAUCAGCUGCAUUUCAGCUACACUCUGCAGCAACGAAACCUGUAUUUAUCAUAUGCACUUCAAUAAUUGCCAAAUAUUCGGAUAUUCUUGAGCCUGUCGUGAAUGGUCUUCAAUCUAAAGGUCUUGACCUGCUCAAAUGCAAAGACCAUCUUGAUAGAAUAGCAACUGUUAUCUCUAGCCAUCGAACCGCUGUAGAUGCCCUGAUUGAUGAAAUUCUAGACGAGGCAAAAGAAAUAGCGAAGUCGAUUGAUAUUGAAUUGGAUAUGCCCAGACUAACCCAACGACAGCAGCAUCGUUCAAAUCAACCUGCAUCGAAUCCAAAUGAUUAUUGGAAAAUAUCGUUGCUAAUUCCGUAUUUGGAUUCGUUGAUAUCAUCGCUUGCAAAUCGAUUCGCGUCAUCCAAUUUGCCUGCAUUUUCACUACUCACAUUGCAUCCAUACAUUAUGUUGAAAAAAAGUAUUGGCGAUUUGAAAGAAGACAUCAAGCCAUUUUCAGAAUUUUAUGAAUUGGAUCUAAGUGCAGAAAUUGAAUUAUGCUCUCAGAAGAAUCGCAAGAGGCCCGAAAUAAAGACUGUCGUAGGUUCCUUGAGCACCAUACGCGGAAACAAUCACGAACUUCAAAGACUGAAAAUGCUUUUAAUAACGUCCGAUCCUGUAAUCAGCUUGCUCAGGAAAUUGCCUACAGAGAAAUCCGAGGAACUACCUGCGGAAGUUUUUAAUUUAAUUUCCCCGCCACCAAUACCAACAGAUCAGUUAGGAAAGGAUGUUCAUCAGAAGGACAGUGAUAGUUAUUCAGUAACUGAUUUAUCUGAAGAGGAGUCAUACGACGAUAGUAGUUAA